AUGGCGGAGGACCGAACCCAGACAUUAUUCCUAAAGUUGAAGAACUCUUGCGUGCCCCUCCUCGCCCAUUCACUUCUGACGCCGUCAUCAUCAGUGAUAGCAUCUCGUUGUCUGUCCGAAAUCAUCAACGUCCUUCAACAGAACAGGAAGAGCCUCACAGCGCCGAUCAUUUCCUACGUCUUCUUUCCUCUAUCAACUAUACUGCGUCGGAAUCCUCCAUCUGCGAUCCCGGACCAUGUCUUUGAGAAAACUCUCAUAAUCAUCGGCAUCAUAUGCGACGUGUGGUGGUGGGACUGCGACAUAAAGGUGUGGGAGCAGCUGCUGAUGCUUUGUGGUACUGUUCUUGGAGAUAUCACGGAUACAAAGGAGCACCCCAAGCGAAGAGACAGCGAAACUAAGGCGGCCGCGGCUCAAUGUCUCCUUACCCUGAUUCGUCAGAGGACCGAGGAGGAAAGGCCACCCGGUACCAGCACGAGUCCCCAAGAGAGGCUAUCGGUGUACCGACUCCAUGCGCAGUCUGCUAGACUGGUGCCUAUUGUCGGGCAAAUCCUGGCAUCCGUCCUGACGACACUGUCGGAGUCAUCGGACAUCAGGCUAGAGAAUCUCCUCCUCGAGGUCUUGGCGUACCUUGUUAGGGAUUAUCUUGACGAUGAUCUGAUCCCUUCUGUCCUCCCAGGCAUCGUCAGUCAUACGAGCAAAGCCGCCAUUGGAACAGGGACCGGCAAGGGUUGGGUGAAAGGAGAGACGGUCGGCCUCGCGUUGCACGUCUUGGAGGCUGCGAUUGUCAGGUCCAUUAGCGACGAAAUUUGUCUCAGAGAAGGCAUCAUAGAUGACCCGAAUCAACUCGAAGAUCUUGCGCGGCCCACGCCGGAUGCGGCUGCUCAAAGCUCAAAUCAUACACAAACGCGCGCGGCUUCGGCGCGAUCAAGAGUUUGGCUCCAAGGAACGUGUUCACAACUACAUAUCGCACUGAAUACUCUUACGCCCUUGCUCGCCCAUCCAACUCCGUCUGCCCUCCGUCAGCUAGCUUGUUUUUCAUAUGUUGUCGUUUCCUCGACAACUCUGUCGUUACCUCAAUCAAGACCUCUGUUGCUGUCAUACCUCUUAUCCUUAUCAACGAACGUUUUCGAGUCCGUCGCUGCCUCAGCCCGCGACGGGCUAUCCAAGCUCUUGCGCCCUGCCUUCCGAGCAAGGCACCUGAUGCUCCAAAGCCUGGCUGCCAUUGUUCGAGACAAUUUUGAAAACCUUCCCCGCCUCCUUGCCUCCACAUCCGACAGAAAAGUCGAACAUGCGGCUCGAAUAAUUGAAGCCAUCUGCCUGCUCGCUACAUCUACAGACGAAUCGUCAAGUCCCAUCACGAAAAGCGCGCCAUCUCUGUUUCGCGCCGUGGGUGGUAUUGAAAAGUGGGGCUGGAGCCUGGUCUCUGUCCUAGAAUUGAGCAUACCAGACGUCGUGAUCGACCAGGCACCAACGGCUCCUCCUUUGCUAGAGACGGAAAGUGAGCAUCCUACGGAAACUGCCUUUCCUUUUCCCCACGUCAAGGUAGACAACCUAUCGUCGCGCGAUACUCAAGUCGUUUUGGAGAACAUGAUCAGGGCACUGGGCCGCACUCUUGGAGAUGACUGCCUCACUACAGUUGAGUGGUUCGUGGAGGUUGGGAGAAGGGGAGUCAAUGAUCCCCGCUCGGUGGCUGCGCUCUGGUUCGCAUCCAAGUUGAUGGACGGUGUGAGUGGGUUCGCGCUCAGCUCCGAAUGUCACCAGCAGAUGGGCAAACGAGCUCCAAGCAAGAGGUUGCGAAGGUUCGCAAGGAGCCUGACGAAAUCGUUGGCAGGAUUCUGGGAGCAGAACGUUGCGCUGCCCCAGGAUCAACCUACCGCACCCCUCGAGAAUGAGGACACCCAGAACUUACUGCUGGAACAUCGCCGAGGAUUUUCUCUUGUCAUAGGUCCCCCAGGAUCUACUCUCGGCCCAGGUCCAUUCAAGAAGGCAUUCGCAAGUCCCUGGCUUCGCGAUGGCAUAUGUUUGCAACUGUUGGCGAUAUCUGCAGGCAUACUCCAGUCAAGAUUCACGUCUUUGCUCAUGGACGCCAUGUAUCCCAUGCUGCACUCGCUCGUGUCUCGGGCAUCGUUCCUGUCGUCGACUGCGUUAGCUUGCCUUAACUCCAUAUCACACAACAUGUCUUACGCUCGUCCGGCAAAUUUACUCCUGUCAAAUUUUGACUACGCCUUGGACGCCGUAUCCCGACGGCUAAGCUACCGGUGGCUCGACGUCGAGGCACCGAAAGUACUUGCCGUUCUUAUCCGUUUGGUUGGUCGCGAUGUGGUACAUAAAGCUAGCGAUGUGGUGAACGAAUGCUUCGAUCGGCUCGAUGAACUCCAUGGGUAUAGCAUGAUAGUGGAAGGGCUGAUGGAGGUGUUGAACGAGGUCCUGGGUGCGAUCGAUGCAAAGGAUGUCUCAUCAACGCAGAAUUUUGCAUCCUCGCCAAGCCUGCCUACAGAUCAAGUGUGCUUCGACAAUCUUGUAGAGUGGCUUGCUUCAAAGGGACAUCCAAAGGUAGUGGAUGAUGAUUCUGAUGCAAGCAACCCCUUGUCGACACGCAGCCCGAGCACGACUUCUUGGGAAGAGUCAAAACCAGGAGAGCAUUCUGGAGACCCCGAUACCGAACCUCCACGAACCCCUACGCAAGUCUUGAUUGAACAGAUCGUGUCGCGUUCGUUGUACUUCCUGACUCAUGGAUCCGCUGUCAUUCGCGCACAUGUUCUGCGCUUGCUCGAAUCAGCAGUACCACUUCUACCUGAAUCAGCCCUUCUGCCCUCUAUCCAUCACUCCUGGCCCUUCAUCGUGAACAGGUUCACAGACCAAGAACCGUUCGUCGUCAGCGCAGCAGCGUCGCUGCUGGAAAGCCUAGCAACGCAUGCCGGCGAUUUCAUGAGUCGGAGGAUUUGGGACGAAGUGUGGCCCCUUUUCCGCGCGAUGCUGGCCAAACUUGAUGCUGUGGAUGCUCAGAAUGCCCUCUUCAAGCGUUCUGGGGCUUUUCACAACCCGAUAUCCGCAUAUACACACUCGCAUAGAACCUACCGCGCAAUCUUGAAAACCAUGAUAGCCGCCGCGAUGGGUGUUCGGCCGCGGGAAACCUCGACUUGGGAAGUCAUCAUCGCUUUUAGGAGGUUUCUAGAUGCCCGUAUCCAUGAUGAGCUGCAGCAUUACGCACGUCGGCUGUACAUACAGCUCGGGAAAUCGAACGGAGACGCUGUAUGGGUAGCUCUGCAUGCUACUCAGGGAACUGUGGGGAACUCGCUUGCAUUCUUGAAGGAGGAGUGGGUCAUUGGUCAGAACGUCGAUAUCAUUGUUGACGCGCUGAACAAUACAUGA